AUGUCGUCGCUGGAUACUAGCCAUCAAGAUGGAGUCUCGAAACAGGCGCCAAAUGAAUUUGAAAUUUUCAACGACAACAUAAAUAUAAAUCUGCUACCCAUUUACACCCGAUCUCAAUUAUCGCUUUACAACGGAAUAGAGAAGCCGGAAUUGUACGUUGCAAUCAAGGGAUAUAUAUAUGAUGUUACCCAUAAUAUUUCCAACUAUGGACCCGGUAGGUCGUACCACAAGCUUGUCGGAAAGGACGUUUCGAGGUUGUUAGGCUUGAACCAAUUGCAGUUGAAGCCCACAGGAGAACCAUAUGCAUCGGAGAAGAACAACACAUGGUACACAGACGAUUUCACCGAGAAGGAAAACCUGAUUGUGGACAAAUGGAUGUUGUUCUUUCGAAAGAGAUACAGAAUUGUCGGAGUAAUAGUGGGCCACGAAGUCGGAACUUAA